AUGUAUGCGUGGUGGCCUUCGUUGGCCCGAGCAAUUUUUUCCCGCCCGCGUUGUGGUUUUAGUCGAGUUUCUUUACUUCCAGGUCCCUGCCCGUUCGCGGCCAUGGCCCACGGCCACAGCCACGGGGUGCCUGCGAGCGGUUCGAAACUACCAGUGGUCAUACUCACGGGCUACCUGGGCGCUGGAAAGACGACGCUCCUGAACUACGUGCUGCACGAGCAGCAGGAGAAGAAGCUCGCGGUGAUCGAGAACGAGGUCGGCGAGGUCAGCAUCGACGACGCGCUGGUGGAGCACAAGCACGAGGACCUCGCCGAGGAGCUCGUGGUGCUGGACAACGGCUGCAUCUGCUGCACCAUCCGCGGGGACCUCGUCAAACUCUGCAAGACCUGGCCAGGAAGGUGGCGAGCGGCCACGAGCUCGACGGCGUCCUGA